CAAACUUCAAAACGUCUGUUCUUUCUAUUCCUAUAAAAAGAAGAUUCAUAACAUAUUUUUUUUGUGGAUUCGCCAUAUCGCAAGAUGUUUGGUUAUGGGGAAACCGAAAAAGCUCCGCCUUUAGAAGUGACGGAUAAACUAAAAAUUUAUUUGAUCGUUCACUGGCGUGGCAUCAUUACCCUAUUAGUCCCUUUGUUAACCAUUGGUAUCCUAGUACCAUUUCCACCUGAGAAAUGGCAAUGGACUGCAUAUUGUCUUCUUGUUAUGGCGGUUUACUGGGUCACUGAAUGCAUUCCAUUACCAGUGACGGCAUUUUUACCAGUGAUAGUAUUUCCCAUCACUGGAGUUAUGACUACAACUGAAGUAUGCAAGUGUUACGUUAGUGAUGCAGUGAUAAUGUUUCUUGGAAGUCUUAUGUUAGCAGCCUCGGUCGAGCAGUCAGGACUUCACAGGCGUAUGGCAUUUGUAGCUAUCCGAUCAGUUGGAUAUUCACAUCGAAAGUUGCUGGUAGCGAUGGUCAUAGUAACAUCAUUUUGUUCAAUGUGGAUAACAAAUACAGCCGCCACGACAAUGAUGAUGCCCAUUAUAUUUGCAGUAUUAAAAGUUUUUGAAGAUCAAAAACUCCUUAAUGUAUAUGACACAGAUGUGAGCGGUUCUAAAGUUGCCUCUGAUAUCGCUUCAUGCUACUUCUGUACUGCAACAUUUUCGGCAACAAUUGGGGGCGUUGGAACUCUUAUAGGAACAGGAACAAACCUAGUUUUUAAGGGUCUAUUUGUCACAGAAUAUCCCAAUGCUCCUGAUUACUUAUCAUUUCCUUUGUUUUCCGCGUUUGGUAUUCCAUACAUGAUAGUUUUAGAUAUAUUUUUGGUUCUAUAUAUCUUAAUAGUUUAUACUGGUUUGUUUAGGCCAAAUAGUGAGGCUGCCAGAAAAACGAAAAUACCAGCAAACGCUUUAAAAGCCGCUGAAGAGGCUGUUGCGCGUGAAUAUGCUUCUUUGGGAAAAAUAACAUUUUGGGAAAAAGCAGUCAUAGUAUUAUUUGGAAGUUCCAUCAUUUUAUUCUUUUGUCGAUCUCCUCAAAUAUUUAAAGGAUGGGGCGAUCUUAUAAGCGACUUCUUCGAAUUAAAUAACAUAAAGUUCGUACGAGACUCGGCCGUAGCAGCAUGUAUAAUAACUGUAAUGCUUAUUUUUCCAUCUAAUCUUUUAUUCUUUAAGAACUGCAGUGCAAAAUUUCACGAAGAUUUACCGAAAAAACCAAUUCGGUCGGUAUUGGACUGGGCUAUAAUGAUGGCAGAAAUGCCCUUCAGUUUCGUUUUCCUUCUCGGUGGCGGAUUCGCUUUGUCCACUGCUGCUAAACUCUCUGGAUUAAAUUCGAAAAUUGGAGAAUGCAUUCAAGGACUAAAAGUUUUACCCGAUAUAGUAAUUGUCUUGAUAAUAGUUACUGUUGUUAUAAUGAUAACAAAUUUUGCAUCAAAUAUUGCGGUUUGUAACGUGUUUACUCCGAUUUCAAUGCAACUGGCACGAGAAGUGAAACACAAUCCUUUGAUGUACUGCAUUGCAUCUGGGUUUGCUGCUUCUCAUUGUUUUUUGUUGCCAGUGGGUACACCUGGUAAUCUUAUAGUGCAAAGUGCUGCAAAAGUUCCAACAUCAAAAAUGGCAGUAGCUGGAAUUGGACCAACCAUAUCAACUAUCAUUAUAACAUGGCUUGCAGUAAAUUUUUAUGCUCCUAUUGUGUGGCCAAUUUUGAAAAAUCCAUCCCCAGAUUGGCUUGGUUAAAGUUUAGUCUUGAACAUUGAUAGUAUUUACAAGCAUUGUAAUAUUAUGGAAGUGGAUUUAUAUAAUUAAUAACAAUAUACUAGUACCAUUAGUCCAAGUUUGCAUCGCUGACUUAACACUCUCUGCUUUAAUAUUUUUCAUUCAUAAAUCAUCAGCGAUAGGGGUAUAUGUACAUAUAUGAUCAUUUCUGGCUGAAAAAAAUGAUUAGAUAGGGGAUGGGAAAAUGUUUAAUGUGUGUAAGGAAAUUGGGAAAAAAUAAUUAUUUUAUGAUUAGUUAUGUUAUAGUUUUUUAUUUAUACCACCUUAAAGUAUUUUAUAGUUUGUAGUAAUUAGUACGUUUGUAUUUAAAUAAACAUUAAUUUAAUUCGCAA